ACUAUCCAGCACUGUGCUGAUCAGACUGCAGUUAUAUUUGGAGGAAGUUGGCAGCUGGCGGCUCGCGGCGAAAGGCUUUCCUCUCAGUGGAAUUAUGAACACAGCUCACAGAGUCUCUAUCGCCCUGUCUUGAAGCUGUUUGUGUUUCGCACCCAGAGAAAUUUUACCGACCAUGGAGAUUGGAGUCUGCGUUCUCUUGGCUUUUCUCUUCCACCAGGUUGCCCAUGUGGGUGGCCAAGGGGAUGGUGGCCACGAGGGCUGUGUGCCUGGCUUCCAGGUCAAAAAGUACCAGGUGAUGUACAGAGGUCCUUUCCAAAAAGGACAACGCCUUCUUCAAGUUGAGUUUGACGACUGUGCGGGGAAUGAGGACGUGACGUUUGGUGUGUCGGAUCCCGGCUUCCACGUGGAUGGCGAUCUGAAUCUGGUUCCUCUGCGAGAUCUUCCGCGCAGCGAGCCGGUCCUCUUCAUCCACGGCGUCAGCGCACAUGCAGACGACCUAGCGCAGGUGGACAUCAUAGGAACACGUGGUCGGUCUCCACAUGCCAGCUUACACGUUAUUGGUCGUGGUGUAAAGCUGCCGUACAGAUCUAAGAGAUCCCUGCUGGUUCCUAAUAUAUCUAUAAGUGAGAAUGAGCGAGGUCCCUUUCCCAAGUUCAUUGGCCAGGAUCCCAAAGGUCUCUUCACCAUUGACAUGAAUUCAGGAGCCGUGUCAGUCAGCCGCUCAGUGGACCGUGAGGCCAGAGACUCCUACCAGCUGGAGGUAUCGACCACAGACUACAGUGGGAACCUUAUCGAGGGACCACAAGUAUUCAGGAUUAAUGUCAUUGACCAAAAUGACAACCGUCCCAUCUUCAAAGAACCACGGUACACAGGAGAGGUGCUGGAGGGAUCCCCUACAGGAACCACAGUGAUGACAAUGACGGCGUUUGACGCUGACGACCCGAACACAGACAACGCCGUUCUGCGCUACAACAUCGUCAAACAGUCUCCAGACAAACCUUCACCGAACAUGUUCUACAUUGACGCAGAAAGAGGAGACAUUGUCACAGUUAUAGCUCCCACGUUACUUGACAGAGAGACCCUGCCAACCACAACAUACGAGUUAGAGAUCAUGGCCAAGGACAUGGCAGGAAGUGAGGUGGGCCUAACAGGAACAACCACUGCCACCAUUACCAUAACAGAUAAGAACGACCAUGCCCCAGAGUUCACACAUCCGCUGUUUGAAGCUCAUGUGUAUGAGGGCUCGACGGGCGUUGUGGUCAACCUGACGGUAGAUGACAGAGACGAUCCGGCCACAGCAGCGUGGAGAGCCAUGUACUCUAUAAUCAGUGGAGACCCGACGCAGAGCUUUGAGAUCCAGACCAACCCGGACAACAAUGAGGGAAUGCUGUCGGUUGUCAAGCCACUGAACUAUGAGGCGUCUGAAUUCCUCAGCCUGCUCAUCAAAGUAGAGAACGAGGAUCCUCUGGUUCCCGAUGUCGGAUAUGGCCCGAGCUCCACGGCCACCGUCCACGUCAGAGUCGAGGACAUUAACGAGGGCCCUGUGUUCUUCCCAGACCCCCUGAUAGUCACCAGGAUGGAAAACAUCCCUGUGGGAAGCUUUGUGGCAUCACUUAAUGCUACAGAUCCGGAUAUAUUAGAGAAACAGAGUAUUAGGUAUGCUGUUCUGCAGGACCCUGCAGGCUGGCUGAGCGUGAACCCAGUCAGAGGAACUGUCAACACCUCAGCCUCGCUGGAUCGCGAGUCUCCUUAUGUCCACGACAACAAAUACACAGCCGUCUUCAUCGCCACCGAUAAUGCGACGCACUCACAAAUCAGGCUUCUGCGCAGUCUGAAGAAAGACAACUACCAACUCCCGCUGCUCAUCACGGACUCAGGGGUGCCCCCUUUGUCCAAUAAUACAGAGGUCAAGGUUCAGGUUUGCAUCUGUAAUAAGAACCGGAUGCACUGCAGCUCGGCCCACUCCCACCGUGCCAGGUUUCUUGUGCCGCUCGCAACGCUCCUGCUCACCUUACUCUGCCUGUAGAUCCUGCUGAAACCUCCUGUAGUCAUUUUUUGCAACACCGAAAAGCAACGACUUAUCUCCCCCCACGCAACCCGGGCUUAGGAGAGAAGAAAAAGAAGACAAAUAAGAGGAAGAAGAAGGAACGAGAAGAGGCACGACAAAUCAAACAAGAAAAUACUGGAAAUCCCCAUCGGCCCAGCGCUGUACAACACCACUGUGGUUUUUUUGUUUGCUGGCUUUUUUAACUCACUUCUCCUCAUAUGUGCUUUUCUCGUUGCAUCUGUCCUUUCCUGUAUCAGUCUUCUCUCUUCUCCUCGAUCAUCUCCCUCCUGUACUUCAUCCACUAUUGAUUAUUCCAUUUCUUUCUACAGUUUCCAUUGUUUUCCACUUUGGCACCUCUCUCCCGCUCUGGCAGCCAAACACUGGGUGUUGGGAGCAUUCGUGGCAACAUGCCACAUCCAUAGGAGAUACUUGAAACAACAUGUAUAUUGAUAUUGUAACAAAAACAAAAGAUAAAGAAAUCCAAUUCAUGUCGAACCACACCUUAAACCUCUACGCUUUUGUUUUCACCCUCUUUCCCGAUCAUUGCUCUCUCUGUUUUCUUUCCCCUUGUUUUUCCUCACCCACCCACGAAUAGAAAAAUCGCUCCGAUAUCUAUCAGCGACUCCUCUCCUGCCUCCUCGUCUAUCUAUUGACCUCUCUCCGUCUCUCACUGGACCGGGAGACAUUGCAAAAGCUGAGCUACUGUCCUGGUCGGGGAAGAGCAUUGACUUUUUGAUGUGUUUCUUUCUUUUCUGGUCACAGACUGUGUUUGAUCUUGUUUCACUCUUUAAGCAGACAGAACAAAGCCUGUUUCCUUUGUCUGCAGUGGUUGUUGUCUUUUAGGACGAGGUGGUAGCCAUAAGCCUUCAAAGUCAGAAACUCUCUGGAGUCGUUUCUUCGAUUUGCUUCUGUUUUUAUUGCAUUAGUUGUCAUGGAGUGGAAAACAGUCUAUCUUUAUAGUAACGGUGUAAACCUUAAAAACAAAAAAGUACUAUUAUAAAUAUUUUAUUUUUUACCAUUGUAUAAAUAUAUACUAUUGAUUAACUUAUGUACUUUGAUUGCAAGUUCUUCGGUCGCCCACACAGUGGUUAAAUAAAAAAAAGAGGAAACAUUUUCUGUGAUUUUAGGCACUAUUUCUAAUGCUGUUGAUGUGUUGACUAUUUUAUUGUAACAUCUUCUUUUCAUUUCUUUAUUUUUUUUGUUCCUUAUUUUAAAAUCUGUGAUUAAUUGCAGAAUCAGGAGUCGUGUUUAUAUGACUGUUUAGGUUCGAUUCUGUCUCCAGUCCUCUCCUGUUCGCCCUCUGUCUCUCAUUACAAGACACAAGAAGACGUGUACGAAAACAAAGGCUGUGGUUUCGCUGGAUAGUUCUGCUUUUUUCUCUUGCGCUCAUCUAAAGAACUUAGCGUGUGUGGGUCCGUUUGGAAGACCACCGUAAAGAAAAAGAUGACAUUUUGAAUGAGUUAUGUCUGUCUUUUGCACUAAUUUAAUAAAGCCGUUACUGAAAUUCC